AUGAUGAAUGGCAAAUCUGAUGUAGAACAUAGGAUGGAGGGCAAAUCUGAUGUAGAACGUAGGAUGGAGGGCAAAUCUGAUGUAAAACAUAGGAUGGAUGGCAAAUCUGAUGUAGAACAUAGGAUGGAGGGCAAAUCUGAUGUAGAACAUAGGAUGGAGGGCAAAUCUGAUGUAGAACAUAGGAUGGAGGGCAAAUCUGAUGUAAAACAUAGGACGGAGGGCAAAUCUGAUGUAAAACAUAGGAUGGAGGGCAAAUCUGAUGUAGAACAUAGGAUGGAGGGCAAAUCUGAUGUAGAACAUGAUGAAGGGCUAAUCUGA